AUGGGUGGUAUGAAAGCAUCCUUAGCCUUCUUUGUAAUGAUUACCUUCAUAAGUGCAACUAUAUCUCGAGCCCAGAAAACGACGACAGUGGUGAUUCGUAAUGAUCUUGAAGGUGGUUUGACGCUAGAGCACCAUUGCAAAUCAGGGGAUGAUGAUCUUGGUUUCGGGACUUUAGCACCAGGUGAAUCGUGGUCGUUUGGAUUUAAACCGGAUAUAUUCGGCCGGACUUUGUUUUUCUGUAAGUUCAGUUGGGAAAAUGGAAGUCAUUAUUUUGAAAUCUACAAACAGAGUAGAGACAAAGAAUUUAAAGAGUUUGGAUGCAGACGAUGUGAAUGGAAAAUACGGAAGCAAGGACCUUGCAAGCUUAUCAACAAGACGCCCAAAUUCUUUGAUCUUUGGUAUGAGUCAUUAGGAUCAAAUUCAAAUGUUUAG